AUGGCACCAAGUUCUCGGGAGCACGACGACAGUGACCGCUCUGACGUGGAGUCCACCUCUUAUCGGAGCAAGCAAAGCCGCAAGAAGGAUCGUUCCAGGUCUCCCUCAGCAGACCGCAGACACCACGACGAUCGGCGCAAAUCUUCUUCCAAAGAUCACUCUGGCCGCCGACGUGACGACAAGUAUGACUCUGUUGACCGGUCGGAUCGUGGAGACCGUCGAUCUGAUAGCAAUACACGGGGCAAUGAAAGGCGACGCGAGCGACGAAAAGACCGGUCACCAGGCGACUCUCCAGACCGCAGCUACAGACGUCGCUCGAGGUCGCGAGAUCGAGGAGGCCGCUCACACCACUUGCGAAGAUCCAGAUCACCUGCUACAAAGCGAAGACGCAGCUCUCUUCCACCGGUGAAAUCAAGAGCUCCCCUACCAUCUCAAGACGAAUCUUUUCGUGGGGAAGACGGCGAGAAGCCGCCAGAGAAGCAGAAACCGAACUUCAAACCAACCGGGCUCCUGGCCAAGGAAGCCAAUACCGUGGCAGGCAGCAACAUCAUACUCAAGUACCACGAACCACCAGAAGCGAGGAAACCCUCGUCUAAAGACCAAUGGCGAUUGUACAUCUUCAAGAAGAAUGAGCUGGUCGACACUGUACAUCUGUACCAGCGCAGUGCUUGGCUGAUGGGGAGAGAUCAGAAAGUCACAGAUCUGUUGUUAGAGCAUCCCAGUGUUUCCAAACAGCACGCCGUCAUUCAAUUCCGCCACACCACAUCGACGAACGAGUUUGGCGACAAAUUCAACAAAGUGAAACCGUAUGUCAUUGAUCUUGACAGCGCCAAUGGAACGAAGCUGAACGGCAAGAAAAUCGAGCCAAGCCGAUACAUGGAGCUCCUGGAUCAAGAUGUGCUGCACUUUGGCGAUAGCGAGAGGGAGUAUGUUCUUCAGCUUCCAGGUGAGAAGUAG